AUGGCCGCCAGCACAAGGGGAAGCUUUGUAGACUACAAGCAAUUAAACUCCUUUUCCUCUGUUGUAAUGUACAACACGACACCAAAGAGAAGAAAUUCUAAAUUCUAUUCUGCCGAGCGAAUUAUUGGGCGAAGAAAACGACUCCAUGUAAGUAAACUUUGACCAAUUUUACCCAACAUGAUAUACAAGUAUAUAGUGAUUCUGUGAAUCACUGAAUGUCUUUAUGAAAUAUAUAUCUGUAUGAGUUCAAGAGGAACGAUUAUUUUUGCAACAUCUUGUCAUAUUCUUCCAAUAAUUGCAAGUAUAAUGACUCACAUGUAGCCAUUGUAUUGCCUUUAGGGCUAUGAAUACCUUAUAAAGUGGGAAGGCUGGCCAUUCCAUAGUUGUUCAUGGGAGCCAUCAGACAACUUAAACCAUGCUCUUUUAAGGUUAGUAUUUUUGUUAAAUAUUGUGGUACGUAGUAUAGCAAAAGUGUUGUUAUGCAACAUUAAAUUGUACUUAUUCUAUUCCUAUAGGAGUUACGGCAUGCCAGCAAAACCUGAUGGUCUCAGAUUGGAAAGAGCAUGUCGAGAUUUUGUGCAUGCCAUCCACUCAAGGCUAAAGUCCAAGUCCAAUGGAUCAGUGUAUGCAAACAUGGAAUUAGUUGUGUGGCGGUACAUCACUUUUGGGAAAGGCAGCCCAGCUGAGCACAAGGGACAUACAAUGUUUGAAAAUGAGGGAUUUCUACGUUUUGAUGGCUUACCUGAAAAUUGGUUUUAUACAUUAAACCAACAUGGUGAAGGUAUUAAAGUGAAAUUCCCAAUGAAGGCAAAGCCUAUAGUUUCCUGGACUUCCUCGACAUUUAUGUCAAAAAGUGGAAAAUUGGAAGUAGCGCCAAAAAUUCCCAUUGAAAAAAUUUCUAUUUCGUUUGUAAAAGCAGCUUGUAAUAUUGAGAAUAUAUAUCUAAAGUAG